AUGUCCAAACACUUGAAUGACUUUAACAAGAUUCUUGUCGAUCUACUCAAUCUAAAUGUUGAAGUUGAAGAUGAAGACAAGGCUUUAUUGCUGCUGAAUUCCUUACCAGAUGAAUAUGAGCACUUGGUUAUCACACUGCUCUAUGGGAAGGAAGAAGUCAAGUUUGAAGAUGUGUCUAACACAUUAGUUAACAAUGAGUAUCGAAAAAAGGAUAAGAAGGCGCACUAUCAAGACACAUUAGGUGGAGCCUUAGUUGUACGAGGAAGAUUAGAGAAGAAGAAGCAAUCUAGGAGGGUCAGCCUUGCUCAGGAGAAUGAAGAUUUAGAUUGUGACUGGUUUUCUGACUUUGAGAAGUUAGAUAAUGGAACAGUUCUUAUGGGUAACAACGCCGCAUGUAAGACAAUAGGAAUUGGAAGCAUCCAACUAAAGCUGGAUGAUGGAACAAUUCGAGCUCUGAAAGAACUACGGUAUGUACCAGAAUUGAAGAAGAAUCUCAUCUCGUUGAGCACUUUAGCAUCCAAAGGUUUCAAGAUUACCUUGAAAGGUGAAGAUCUUGAAGUGGUAUCGGGAACUCGGGUAAUAAUGAAGGGGAGCAAAAAUAAAAAUCUAUACUUCUUGCAAGGAAGUACAGUUGUGGAUGGAGCAGCCACCAACAGUAGAAAGAAUGAAGAAGUUGACAAAGUUGACACAAAUUGCACGAAGACCAAAGUCAAGUUCGAGAAAGUAGAACAUUGUAUGGAAGAAAAGAUGGACUACGUGCAUACCAGUGUAUGGGGGCCUUCCAGAGUUGUAUUGAAAGAAGGUAAGCACUGUUUUGUCACAUCUAUUGAAGAAUAUUCUCAUCUUGUUUGGGUGUACACUAUGAAGAAUAAGAAUGAAGUUGUGAACAACUUCACAACAUGA